UAUAUGACGUGUUUUUUCAACCCCCAAGCCGACGUCAUCUCUCCGCGACACGCCAACCCGCAGAACAACUCGCCGAAAUCAACUUUUCAUGCCGCUUUUAUGUAGUUUUCUGUAAGUUGGAGGUAAAAGUGAAAUAGUUUUAAUUGGAAAUCGACUGAAUGAAAGUCUUAUUGGGAAAAAAAGGUGCGUAUGAACAGUUUGCGAGAAGGCGGAGUAACGCCACGUUAAAAUUGUAUUUUUUUUUUCGUCACCAUUUUUCUUUUUCACGCCCUAAAAGUGUUCAUUCAGCAUGAAUGAAGAAGAGCUGGUGGAGAACUUCCGGGCUCAGAUGAGGAACGAUCCGGAUGUGGCGUCCGCCGUGGCCGCCAUCCGCACCCUGCUGGAGUUCCUGAAGAGAGACCAAGGUGAGACCCUCCUGGGACUGGGAGAGAGUCUGAAGUGGGCCACGGAUCGUCUGACCGCCGUGGAUUCAUCCGUGGCCUUGUCGUCUGGCGGCGAGCUCUUCCUGCGCUUCAUCAGCCUCACGUCGCUGGAGCACCAGGAUCUGUCCCGCUGCAAGAAGGUGAUGGAGGAACGAGGAGAGCUUUUCUUGGAGAAGAUCUCCAUGUCCAGAAGCAAAGUGGCUAAGCUGUGUCACACCUUCAUCAAAGAUGGCGCGAAAAUCCUGACACAUUCCUACUCCAGAGUGGUCCUCCGCGUGCUGGAAAAGGCGGCGGGCGAGAACAAACGUUUCUCCGUCUUCGUCACAGAGUCGCAGCCCGACGGCACCGGGCGGCAGAUGGCAGAAGACUUGAGGAAGCUCAACGUUCCUGUGACCGUGGUCUUGGACGCGGCUGUGGGGUACAUCCUGGAGAAGGUGGAUCAGGUCAUCGUGGGCGCGGAGGGCGUGGUGGAGAGCGGCGGGAUUAUCAAUAAGAUUGGCACCUACCAGACGGCGGUGUGUGCCAAGGCUCACAACAAACCGUUCUACGUGGUGGCCGAGAGCUUCAAGUUUGUACGCCUCUACCCUCUCAACCAGCAGGACGUGCCGGAUAAGUUCAAGGUGGGGGGUGGGUGCCAUUCUAGUCUUGGAAUUGUAGAUCUCACGAUGUCUUUGUUGUCUGUCCCGGCAGUACAAAGUGGACACGUUGAAACACCUCCCCAACCUGUCCGAGGAACACCCGCUGGUGGACUACACGCCCCCCUCCCUCAUCACCCUCCUCUUCACCGACCUGGGCGUCCUCACGCCGUCGGCCGUCAGCGACGAGCUCAUCAAGCUUUAUUUAUAAACAGCAUUAAACGGCUUUCUUGAGGAGACGAGUGUCACUCAGAAGCUCCUUCAUGUCGUCGUCGUCCACGUCAGAGCACUGAGGACAAGAAUGAACACCAUCAGGAUAAGAAGUUAAGGUACUUAUUGGGUUUGAGCAGAAGUGUCAAAAUGUGGCCGGGCAGCUAACUUUUUAACGGCCGGUGACACAUUCUAAAAGUACAAUUAUUUAAAAAAACAACAACACUGGAAUAAAAGUUUAAACAGAAAAA